CGGUUCCACGUGAACUGACGUUUUCAGCUUUUUCUUCGCGAUUCGCUGUUGAAUCGUCGUCGGCUUCUUGCACAGUUGGCUUGCCGUUCGUUCAUUUUUCCUCUUGCUUUGAUCCCGUUGAGUCUGGCUUCGGAAGAAGGAAAAUUUCGGUGCAAAGUUUGAUUGAAAUUUGGUGUAUUUUUACGAUCGAAAAGUGAAUUGUAGAAUGAAGGGGCUGUUUAUCUUUGCUUUGCUGGUGCUUCCAGCUGUUCUCCUGACUGUGGACGGUGGUUCUCGGUUGAUGGCCUACGCCUCGGAAGAUGAAUUGGACGAAGAACUGGAUGUGGAAGUUGAAUCGGAUGAUGCAUCUGUGACACAGACCGAUGAAGCCGAGACGGAUGAUGAGCCGGAAACGACAAAGUCCCCAGAUGCUGACACGUUCCUAUUGUUUACCCGUCCUCUGCAUUCGAGCGGAUCUCAGCUUGAACUCCCAGCCGGAUACCCAGUUGAAUUCCUGGUCGGAUUUGCCAACAAGGGCAGCGAUGACUUCAUCGUGGAAACCGUCGAAGCCUCCUUCCGUUACCCAAUGGAUUUCAACUACUUCAUCCAGAACUUCUCGGCCAUCGCCUAUAACCGGGAAAUUAAGCCAGGCCACGAAGCUACGGUUUCGUAUUCGUUCCUGCCAUCGGAAUCAUUUGCCGGACGUCCAUUUGGUCUGAACAUUGCGCUGAACUAUCGCGAUGCCAGCGGAAACCAGUUCAGCGAGGCCGUUUUCAACGAAACCGUGUCCAUCACCGAGGUCGAUGAGGGACUGGAUGGGGAAACGUUCUUCCUGUACGUGUUCCUGGCUGCCGUAGUCGUCUUGCUGCUAGUUUUGGGCCAGCAGUUCCUGGGAUCGUAUGGCAAGCGCAAGCGGUCUCCGGCCGUCCGUAAGACUGUGGAAACCGGAACCACCAACACCAAGGACGUCGAUUACGAUUGGAUCCCGGCAGAGACGCUGAAGAAGAUUCAAAAUUCUCCCAAGGGUGGCAAAGUAUCCCCCAAGCAAAGCCCACGGCAGCGAAAGGCCAAGCGAUCAGCGGGUUCGGACGAAUAAGACGCAUUUAGCAGUAGUUUAGUAACAACAUCAACAACGCAGCAGAUGCUGGGCGCGUAAUCCAUAGUUGCAGCAGCUCUUGUAUUCCAGAGCUGACGGGAGAUUAUGGCUUGGUGAUGUCAUCGACAAUUAAUCCAAGCGAAACCUCAAUAGCGCGCAAACAGCCGGAAAACCUUUUUCAGUUCAGUGAAACCUGUAGAAGUAGUUUUAAGUUUUGCGCAACUAACCUAUAGAUUCUGUUUUCAAACAUCGCAUCCAUUCGAGAAGAGAUACAAUUUAACUAUUUAAGUAUGUUUUUUUUUCGUUUUUUGUUCGCGAGUUUAAUCAUUUAAAAUAACCUUCCCCAUUUGGUGUGAAAGUGAGACUGGAUACUGAGAUACUAUUAGCAGAGAACUGAGAGAUACAGUAGAACGAUCCGCCGCACCAGGGAAUCUGGAUGUGUUGGCGACAAAUAAAUGCACGACAGGAAUGACGCUUCAUUUGUGGAAGCGGAAUUCAUCCAGGCGGACAUUCGUAGACGGAUAAGUUUUUGUCGUGGUCGAGUGCGUUUUUUGCCUAAGUUAUUUUACAAAAGAAUGAAAAAAAAUCGUAAGACAAUUGUAAAACAA